CGCUUCAAGGCUGGAGGACUUCCGGGGGGGCCGUGCUGGCGUUCGGGGAAGGCAGGCCAGCGAGGGGAUGGCAUGUGGGGUGUGGGAUCUCGUGAGCACCCUGAAGCCCCGCUCUCGUCCGCCUUCUGCCUGGGCCCAGCGGCUGCUGCUUUUAAACAUUUUAUUUAAUUGACAGAGACAGCGAGAGAGGGAACACAGCAGGGGGAGUGGGAGAGAGGGAAGCAGGCCCCCCGCUGAGCAGGGAGCCCGAUGUGGGGCUCGAUCCCAGGACCCUGAGAUCAUGACCUGAGCCGAAGGCAGAGGCUUAACCACUGAGCCACCCGGGCGCCCCCGGGCGGAGCUCCUUGAUCUCCUGUCUUCCUGCCUGUGGCCUGCCUUCAGGUCCCUGGACACAGCUGACCCUUGAAACCCUCACCUGGGCCGCAUCCCUGCUUUGUCCUGUCCUUCCCACCACCGCUUUGUCGAGGCCGUCUGACUGCUUGGGCUACAUCUGUCAUCUAUCCUGGUUCCUUCGGUCUUGUCUGCGCUGGCCUCCAGUCCCCGUCCCCAUCCCCAGCAUGGGUGCUCUCAGCACCCCCUGGCCCUGCUGGCCCCACAUGGAUCCAGGCCCUUAGGGCCCAGCCCUGCCUUCUGUCUGGCGUGGCAGGGUCUCACUGUCAGAGGUGGCAGAGAAGACACCAGGCCUGGGAGGUGGGGACCAUGAGUGGGCCCUGCCCCUCCCUAUUGGGGCCCUCUUGUGGGGCGGCCGCAGCGGGGCUCAGUGAAGCGCGUGUGUGUGUACUGCUGUCCAAGGGGUACAUGGCCGCUGUGGAGGGCUGGUCUGACCUGGUGACAGGUGGGGACCUUGCUGGGGAGGUCAGAUGUCUUUGUGCUGGGCUCCUGGACAGGCUUCCAGGUGGGAGAGGACACCUGUGGGGGCCAUGUCUGGGUGGGGCCGGCCUCCUCCAGGGCCCUUGCUCCAAGGCAGUCACUUCUGCAUCACACUUACCUCUCAGCUGACCCCAUUUGCUUCUCCCUGACCCCAUCUUCCCCAUUUCACCCAGGUCUCCUCAUUUCCCCUACCCCCUCCAACCUGUCACUCCUGUCUGACUCUGAGCCCCCCUUCCUCCCACCCCAUCUCCUCCGUGGACCCCGUCCUCGGCUACCCGUCUUUCCUUGCCCUGUCUCACCCCAGUUGAUGCCAUCUCCCCCUACCCUCCCCCAUUGCCCCCAGCUCCCCCUCCCUCCUGCCUGGAGCCCCACAGAUGCCCUGUCCCUGUCUGCCUCAUCCUCUUGGUCUGGGUGAUAGACUCUCAGGGGUUAAUCCUCGGACCCAGGACUCCCAACUGCUGUCCAGCCCAUGUGGCCGCCUAUGCUCGGGGCCUGGUGUCCAGUGGCCUCUUAGUCUGGGCUUGGUCUGUGAGGCUCCCCUUGCUGGCCUGGGCCUGACCCCCACCCCAGCCUAGUGUCCGCCUGGAGGUACGGCUGCUGCGAUUGAUGUGUCCCCACCUGGUUCGCAGUCAGUAGAUGACGCAUGAGGGUCACUUUUUUCUGUGAAACGUGCCUCACGUGCUGGUUGGUGCAGAUGUCACUCCAGGGUCCCUUACUGGUCAGGCCUUCCUGGUUCCCUCCGUCCCUCCUCUCACGCUCGUCUGCAUUUUCUUGUGCUGUUGCUCUAGCUCCCAGAUGCACUUGGGUUCACGGGUGGGUUUUGGGGGCUGGUGGCCCACCAGUGGGUGGACCUCCUGGGAGUGUGUUCCUGCUGCCUCAUUCUUCCGGCUCUGCCCACUGCCCAGGGCCUCGCGGCGGGUCGGAGCGGGGGCGGCAGGGAGGGCAUGGGGGGUGUCUCCAGAUCACACGAGGGCCUCCAGCUUUCUCUGCCGAGGUCUGAGGAGGCCCCACACCCCGCUUCUGCCCCGCUUGGUGUCCCUCUGCAGCAUUUCCCUUGCUGUCUGCGCACCAGCCCCCGUCCCUGGUUAGCCGGUCGGUCUGGGCUCACACUACAGGGCACUCUGGCUUCAGCUUGUAUCUUUUGUGACCACUUGAUGGGCACUGGGGACAAGGGGGCCUGGAACAGGGGCGGCCAGUGUGCCCUUGUGGUCGCUUAUGUUCCUUGUUCAAGUGGGUCUCCCAGACGUCCCGGCCGUCUUCAAGUAGGGUUUAUGGAUCCACCACUGGAGGGAGAGUCAGCGCUGCAGGUGGCCCCUCCCCCCAGGAUUCUUUGUCCCCAGUGUGGCCUGGAUGUCCUUGACUGUUCUCAAAACCCCCUGGCGCUGCCUUCCUGUGUUCCCCAAGUCCAGAGCAAGUCCUCCCUGCCCCCAUUGCCUGGGGGCAUCUGGGGCCUCCGCGAGGGGCAGAUUCUAGUUGAGACAGACCACGUCCUUGCUGUGAGUGAUGGUGUGUCCUGCCAGCAGUGUGGCGGGCUGGUGCCCUGCUUGUCUGUAGCCACUGCUGUGACAGGUAGGGACGGUGCCUUGCUGCCUUCUGCAGAGGUGGCUGAGCCCGGGCACUGGGGAGCUUCUUCCCCCAGGCUCCCUGUGCCUCCAGGCUCCCUGUGCCUCCAGGCCUGGCCGUCUCAGCCUCUAAGCCGGGGGUCUGGCCCUCUCAGGCAGGUGGCCUUCUCCGCCAGUGCUGCCCCAGGGGCUCAGGCCUGCCCAUGUCCACGGUUCCAGGCUGGGAGCUCUGGGCUUCAGGCUUCCUCUUCUCCAGGCUGUACCUUACGGCCCUCUUCUUGGGCCCUGCGGGCAGCUGCAGGCAGUGCCGUGGGGGCUGAUGAUGCAGGGUCGGGCCUGUGAGGGAGGCGCUAGAUGGAGAGCCCAGGGUUCUUGUCUCUCUUCGGAUCCUAUUUGCUGCUGGCCCUCUGUUCCCUGGCCUGCCCCUGAGGGCCAAGAGGGCUCAGAGGGCCUUGGUAUUGCCCCCUACUAUCUGUGGGGCCCCUGGGGGCUUGGUGGGAACCCAGCCCUAUAGCUAGUCCUUUUGGACCACAGGCCCUCCAUGCUGGGCAGACCCUCGAGCCUGGGGUCAGGCCUGAGGCUUUUCUCUGCUGUG